AGAGCGCGGUAUUGUGGGAGAACAUCUCGUCUAUCUCCACCCGUGGGUAGGGCGCCUGCGGGAUUUCCUCCCCGGUGCAGGCCGGCUCGUGCCGCGCGCGCCUUCCCCUUCCGGCGCAGUGCAGGGCCGGGGGAGGAGCUCUGUGGUGCGCGCGGGGCGCUGUGGGACAGGCUGGAGCGAUGGCGGACGCCUUUGGAGACGAUCUGUUCAGCGUGUUCGAGGACGAUUCCGCCGCCGCCGGCGCCGCCUCUGCGGCCAAGAAGGGCAAAGCGGCCGCGGCCGAGGCUGCCAGCAAGGCCGGGAAACGCUCAGAUGGCAAAUCUCCAGCAGGCUCUACGAACAUCCCAGGAAAAAAGAAAAGAGAGGCAGAGGUUGAUAGCACGGAUUAUGCCAUUUUUGGAAAGAAAUCCAAGAUAGAGGAUGUUUCAGAAGAUAUUAAUCUGGCAGACCUGAUGCCGAAAGUAAAGGUGCAAGCCGUUGAGACUGUUGAAGGUUGUACACAUGAGGUUGCACUUCCUGCAAAUGAAGACUUCAUAGCCCUAAAGCCAAGAACUGGAAAAGCUUCAAAGGAAUAUCCAUUCAUUCUUGAUGCUUUUCAAAGAGAAGCCAUUCUUUGUGUGGAUAACAAUCAGUCUGUUUUAGUGUCAGCUCAUACAUCAGCUGGCAAAACUGUGUGUGCAGAGUAUGCGAUUGCCUUGGCUCUGAGGGAGAAACAGCGUGUGAUAUUUACUAGUCCUAUUAAAGCUCUGAGUAACCAGAAGUAUCGUGAGAUGUAUGAAGAAUUUCAGGAUGUUGGUUUGAUGACUGGGGAUGUCACCAUUAAUCCUACAGCUUCUUGUCUUGUAAUGACAACAGAGAUUUUGAGAAGUAUGCUCUACAGAGGUUCUGAGGUUAUGCGAGAAGUUGCCUGGGUUAUAUUUGAUGAAAUCCAUUAUAUGAGAGACGCAGAACGUGGUGUGGUUUGGGAGGAGACCAUUAUUUUGCUACCUGACAACGUUCACUAUGUGUUUCUUUCUGCCACUAUUCCGAAUGCCCGCCAGUUUGCUGAAUGGAUUUGCCAUCUUCAUAAACAGCCUUGCCAUGUGAUUUACACAGAUUAUCGACCUACUCCUCUGCAACAUUAUAUUUUCCCAGCAGGGGGGGAUGGACUCCACCUUGUGGUUGAUGAAAAUGGCGAUUUCAGAGAAGAUAACUUUAACACAGCAAUGCAAGUACUUAGAGAUGCAGGUGACUUAGCAAAAGGAGAUCAGAAGGGCAGGAAAGGAGGAACAAAAGGACCAUCAAAUGUAUUUAAGAUAGUGAAGAUGAUCAUGGAAAGGAAUUUCCAGCCUGUAAUUAUAUUCAGUUUCAGUAAGAAAGACUGUGAAGCCUAUGCACUUCAGAUGACAAAAUUAGACUUCAACACAGAUGAAGAAAAAAAGAUGGUUGAAGAAGUAUUUAAUAAUGCAAUUGACUGUCUGUCUGAUGAAGACAAGAAACUUCCUCAGGUUGAGCAUGUGCUUCCUCUUUUGAAGCGAGGAAUUGGCAUCCAUCAUGGUGGUUUGCUUCCUAUUUUAAAGGAAACCAUUGAAAUUCUUUUUUCUGAAGGAUUGAUAAAGGCCUUAUUUGCAACUGAGACCUUUGCUAUGGGAAUUAAUAUGCCAGCCAGGACAGUGCUGUUCACAAGUGCCCGUAAAUUUGAUGGGAAAGAUUUCAGAUGGAUCUCCUCAGGUGAAUAUAUUCAGAUGUCUGGUCGUGCAGGACGUCGAGGUAUGGAUGACAGAGGAAUAGUAAUUCUUAUGGUGGAUGAGAAGAUGAGCCCAACAAUUGGCAAACAGCUUCUUAAGGGCUCAGCUGAUCCUCUAAAUAGUGCUUUUCACUUGACAUACAACAUGGUGUUGAACUUGCUCCGAGUAGAGGAAAUUAACCCUGAAUACAUGUUAGAAAAAUCCUUCUACCAGUUUCAACACUACAGAGCUAUUCCAGGAGUAGUAGAAAGGGUAAAUAAAUUGGAUGAACAGUACAACAAAAUAGAAAUUCCAAAUGAGGAAAGCGUGGUCAUCUACUACAAAAUCCGACAGCAGCUUGCUAAACUGGGUAAAGAAAUUGAGGAAUAUGUUCACAAACCAAAAUACUGCUUGCCGUUUUUACAGCCAGGCAGGCUGGUAAAGGUAAAAAAUGAAGAUGAUGAUUUUGGUUGGGGAGUCGUUGUUAACUUCUCCAAGAAAUCAAAUGUUAAGCCCAACUCUGGUGAACUGGACCCAUUAUAUGUGGUUGAAGUCCUAUUACACUGCAGCAAAGAGAGUUUGAAGAAUUCUGCUACUGAGGCUGCAAAGCCAGCAAAGCCUGAUGAGAAAGGAGAGAUGCAGGUAGUUCCUGUUUUGGUUCAUCUUCUCUCAGCUAUCAGCAGUGUCCGACUUUACAUACCCAAAGACCUGAGGCCCAUCGACAAUAGGCAAAGUGUGUUAAAAUCUAUACAGGAAGUACAGAAGCGGUUCCCUGAUGGAGUACCAUUAUUGGACCCCAUUGAUGACAUGGGCAUCAAAGACCAAGGACUGAAAAAAGUCAUCCAAAAAAUAGAGGCUUUUGAACAUAGGAUGUAUUCACAUCCACUUCACAAUGAUUCCAGUUUGGAGACUGUAUAUAAGCUUUGUGAAAGAAAAGCACAGAUUGCAGUGGAUAUUAGAACGGCAAAGCGAGAACUAAAGAAAGCCAGAACUGUCUUACAAAUGGAUGAGCUCAAGUGCCGCAAACGUGUCUUGAGAAGAUUGGGUUUUGCCACAUCUUCUGAUGUCAUAGAGAUGAAAGGACGAGUUGCCUGUGAAAUCAGCAGUGCUGAUGAACUGCUCCUGACAGAAAUGAUGUUUAAUGGUCUCUUCAAUGACUUAUCUGCAGAACAAGCAACUGCAUUACUAAGCUGCUUUGUAUUUCAAGAGAAUUCCAGUGAAAUGCCCAAAUUGACAGAGCAAUUGGCAGGACCACUUCGCCAAAUGCAGGAAUGUGCUAAAAGAAUUGCCAAAGUUUCAGCAGAAGCUAAAUUGGAAAUCGAUGAGGAAAAUUACCUAAACUCCUUCAGACCCAACCUAAUGGAUGUAGUAUACACAUGGGCAAAUGGAGCUACUUUUGCUCACAUCUGCAAAAUGACCGAUGUCUUUGAAGGUAGCAUAAUUCGUUGUAUGAGGCGGCUAGAAGAAUUGCUUCGACAGAUGUGUCAAGCAGCAAAGGCCAUAGGCAACACAGAGCUGGAAAAUAAGUUUGCUGAAGGAAUUACCAAAAUCAAGAGAGACAUUGUGUUUGCUGCAAGCCUCUACCUAUAAAAAUCUAUGUUCUGGAAGCUCAUUACGGAUUGGGAGCAAUCUGAGACUUGUUCACGGAGCAGAAUAAUUUUAGACUGGUGGCAUCAGGCCAGUUUGCCAUUUUCACCCCCAAGACAGACAUUUAAUGGUGUAUGUAUUUAAAACAGGAAGCAUUCUAGCAAAGCAUCUUACAUACACAGUGCUGUUUGUACAUAAGUGUUACCAUGUUAUUUUAAUAAAAAAUUACAGAAGUGUUUUUAUAAGCA